CAAUCGAGAUACUUUUUCCAUCUAAUAUAAACGAUUUUGAAAAAUUAAAUUUUGCAUAUUUCGAGUUACUGUAAGUCAAACACAUUUUUUAAUCCUGAUUUUUAAAUUCACAGAAAGUUGAACAUUUAAAUUAGUAAAUUUUAGUUCUUUAUAUUGAAACAAUCAUUCCAAAGUGAAAAGAAAUAUAAAAUUAGGGCGAAAUAUUAAAGGUAGUCUAUAUAUUUGCUCACUUAUCAUCUUCACUCUUGAAAUGAAAUGCGAGAAAUGACUGGACACCAAACAACUACUUCUUGUUAGUCUAUAGCAGCAGAAGGAAUAUUAAAUUCUGUUUUUAGUCCUUUAUCACUAAUUCCAGGUAAAGGUUCUUUAUUUAUUUUAAAUAUGCAAGAGUUAAUAGUCUGCUUCUAAAAACAACAGAAGAAUAAUAAAUGAAGGAGCUGCUGUACUUUAAUUGCAGUAAUUAUUUGACGCUCUACGAGGGGAAUUUGAACAUGUAUACUUUAUAUAUUCUAUAGCCUAAAAGUGGCACCUUAAGGUACAGUCUGUUAUCGGCAGCUGACAAACUAUGGAGCUCGAUCAUUAUUUCUAUAGAAUCAACCAAGGUUUAUUGUCAGCUUGCGGAGUUUGGCCACUUCUGUCAAAAAGACAGAAAAUUAUUCGCAGAUUCAUUUUCUUCAUUAUUGACUUUAGCAACUUUCCUCCACUGAUAGCGUACGCAGUUUACAAUUGGAGAGAUGCUGAUGCCUUAAGCGACUGUGUUACAUUCAUUGCGAGUUAUAGUCUCGGUAUAAUCAAAAUAUCGACUAUCAUUAUUCAGGACAAGAAGAUACAAUAUCUUUUUAAACAAAUACAACACGAUUGGAGCGUUUGGUCUUCCGAGCCACAAGUACAACAGCUUGAAAAGUUUGCCGAAGAAGGGAAAAGCCUUAACUUCAUUUAUACAGUUGCAGUUUGUACUUCUGCUUCUUCUUACACUUUCCUAACAGUUGCUCCACAAAUUUAUUACUUAUUUGUACAACGCCCUAAUGGAACAAGAGAGUCUUUCCUCUCCCCAGAAGAGUUUGGGAUUGACAAUGAGAAACACUUUUAUUUAAUUUUGGCUUUUAACAAUCUCAGUGUCUGGAUAAACUCUAUAAUUUAUAUUAUAGUCGAUUCGACGUACUUUACAUUUGUUCAACACGCCUGUGGACAACUUGGAGCCGUUGGGAAUCGUUUUGAAAAUAUUAAACUGAUUUCUUGUAAUGGAAGAGAAAAUAAUAAUGAUUCACUGAGAUUUGAAGAGAUUUACUUCUGUAUUCAACGAUACAAGAAAGCUUUAAAAUUUACAAGCUUAUUAAAUGACCUUUUCUCUGUGUAUUUCUUUUUGAUCGUAGGAAUUAGUGCCACAAAUCUAGUAUUUGCAUCAUUACAGACUGUCAUAAAUUUAGAUAAAUUUAAUGAAACAGUGAAAUAUGGAAAUUACGGACUUCUUCUUGUCUGCCUUCUAUUCUUAAACAGUUUUCCUGCUCAGAAACUAAUGGAUCACAGUUCUAACAUUUCUCAGAACAUUUAUAAUAGCUGUUGGUACGAAAUGCCAGUUUCUUUGAAAAAAUCUCUUCUGUUUGCGUUAAUGAGAACAUCGAGGAUAUGCGCAAUUAACAUAGGCAAAUUUUACGUUUUGUCAAUGCAAACAUUUGCAUCGAUUGUUCGAACAACAGUUUCUUUGUGUAUGUUAUUAUUGUCCAUUAGGUGAGUGAAAUGUAGUAUAAACUAUAGUACAUCAGAAACUGAAAUCUGUAUAAAUAAAUAUUUGUAAUAUACCAACUUAACAAAAAAG